AUGGCGAAUAGUUCUUUUUACGCAUCGUUACAUGCUCACAAGAAUAAUAACUAUGAAGAAUUAAAUACAAAUGAAAUGUUAUUCUUUGAUACAUUUCUUAAAACGAUGAAAGAUGAUUAUGAAUAUUGUGGACCACAACUUCAAGCAGCCCUUGAGAAGUUGGCUGAGAGAUACAAUGCAGCAAAAACUAAGUCUAUCCCAGCAUUAAAAUCCUUUCUCUAUAAUGUGAAUCAUAAUUCAGACCCACUUGUACAUGUAAAGAGUGGUGCAAAAAUUCGUGUACAGGUUGAAUCAGUCAAGCGUAGAAAAACCAAGUCAGGUGUUAAUAAGUCUGGUAGUAAAGAAAACUAUAAUCCACACGUUAUUCCAGCAUGCAAAGUUAGGGCAAUUGAUGGUGAUGAAUUAUUGUACGCUUCAAUGAGCAUACAAUAUCCUUUUUUGAAAAUUGAAAUUCUCCCGUCACGAGAUGACCCCCAAACUCUUCGCAUCGGAGAAGUGGAACAACCUAUAGCAAAAGAUUCAAAUCCUCUCUUAGUUCCUGAUGUGGUAUUUCAUGAGAAUCCAAAACAGACCGAAAUACUAAUGCAAAUGCUACAAGAUUAUCAAUUGGGUGAACAUUUGUUGCUUAUUGGAAAUCAAGGUGUAGGAAAAAAUAAAUUGGCCGAUUAUUUUUUACAAUUGCUAAAGUUACCAAGGGAAUAUAUACAGUUACACCGUGACACGACCGUGCAAAGUUUAACUGCUAUACCUUCAAUUAUUAAUGGCGUCUUGCAAUUUGAAGAUUCACCACUAGGCCAUGUAUUAGUUGUGGAUGAAGCAGAUAAGGCUCCUACAUAUGUUACAGCAAUACUUAGAAAUCUUCUUGAAGAUGGUCAGAUGGUUUUAGGGGAUGGACGGAGAAUAGUCUCAUCUCUUACGUCAAAAACUUCUAAAGAAGACUGCAUCGUAAUUCAUAAGAAUUUUAGAAUGAUUGUUUUAGCAAAUAGACCCGGAUUCCCAUUUCUUGGGAAUGAUUUUUAUAGAGAGAUUGGUGAUAUUUUUAGUUGUCACACUGUUGAUAAUUCUGAUCCGGACUCUGAAAUGUUUCUACUACGCAAUUAUGCCCCUUCCGUCUCCAAUGAUCUUUUACUAAAACUCACAGCUGCAUUUAAUGAUCUUAGAAAACUCGUAGAUGAAGGGUUGAUUUCCUAUCCUUAUUCUACAAGAGAGUUGGUGAACAUUGUUAAACACAUGCAACGAUAUCCAAAUGAGGGUGUUUCAUAUAUUUUGCAAAAUAUCCUUGACUUUGAUCAAUAUGAUAAGGUUUCUAAAGAUCUUUUGAUAGCAGUUUUUCAGAAGCAUGGAUUUCCAAUUGGAUUAGAGUCUGAUUAUACAAUUAGGUUGGGAAAGAAAGUUCCAUUGAUUGGACCAAUAAUCACUGAAGUCUGGACAAAAUCAAAUUUAGAAAGAAAUAUAUGUGAAGUGAGGAAAUUUACAAUGAAAUUUAGAGGCUUGUGGAAACUUCAUAUGAGCGAAGCUAAAGAAUUGGACCGAGCUGAAGGCAAGUUACUAAAUUUAUGA